GUAAACAAAUUGCUCGAUCGAUUUGCGCAUGCGCAUAUUUGAUGUUCUUUCUAGCUGCAACAUAAUUUUUAACUAUGUCAGAAAAGGGAGAAGUGGAUUUAACUGGUGCCAAGCAAAACACUGGUGUAUGGCUCGUAAAGGUUCCAAAAUAUCUGUCCCAACAAUGGACAAAAGCAUCUGGCAGAGGCGAAGUUGGGAAGAUCAAGAUAUGCAAAAAAGGGAACAUGGGGAAGCCUGAGGUGACUUUCACAUUAAAUGAAGAGUUGACUGUAAUUGAAGGUAUAGACACGGUAGCAGCCCCACGAGAGCAUCCUUUCACCAUGCAGACCGUAGGAGGGCAGACCUUAGCAGUCUUCACAGAGACUUCAGCAGGCCAGUCAGAGGAGAGAUCUGAUGGCAGCAGCCUAGGUUCGGGUACAGGUCCAGAUAAAAUUGCCUUGGAGGGGAUGGUAGUGCAGAGAGCUGAGUGCCGACCAGCUGUGAGUGAAAGUUACAUGAGACUGAAAAGGUUACAGAUAGAAGAGUCAUCAAAACCAGCCAGAUUGUCACAGCGUUUGGAGAAAGCAGUCGCAACCAACUACAAGCCUGUGGCAAAUCACGCUAACAAUCUUGAGUAUGAGAGGCGAAAGAAAGAGGAAGGGAAAAGGGCGAGGGCAGACAAACAGCAUGUGUUGGACAUGUUGUUUUCUGCCUUUGAAAAGCACCAGUAUUACAACAUCAAAGAUCUUGUGGAUAUCACAAAACAGCCUGUGAUUUACUUGAAGGAGAUCCUGCGUGACAUAGGCAUCUACAAUGUGAAGGGAACACACAAAAACACAUGGGAGCUUAAACCGGAGUAUCGACAUUACCAAGUAGAGGAAAAGACUGAUGAAUAGAUUGGCAUAGUCGGUG